CUUGUUGUUCCUUCAAGGUAGAAUAGAUUUAUUCUGACGAGCAUAGCCGUCCUUUUGUUCAGUGCUGCCCCGACACUUCUUGCACGAUGUUCAGCUUUGGCCUUUUCUACUGGCUCUCCCACUUUCUGGGGUUCUUGUACCCUACUUAUGCGAGCUACAAAGCCUUGAUGACUCCUGGGACGUCAGAUGACACCCACUGGCUCACGUACUGGGUGGUCUUUUCUGCGAUGGAGACUGCUGAGGCGGUAAUUGAACAGCUGAUGUGGAUUCCAUUCUACUAUGAGAUCAAGUGCUUGCUAAUCCUCUGGCUGGUGCUGCCUCAGACCAAGGGGGCGCAGCUUGUCUUUGAAAAAUUCAUCGUGCCGUUCCUGAAGCAGUACGCAUCUCACAUCGACCCCAUUUUCAAGACAACAGACCAGGUGUUGAACAGCCAGCAGAUGGCCAGCGCUGCUAAGUUGGCCCAGCAGUACGGCCCCGGCAUCGCAGCCCAGGCCAUGCAGGCGGCUCAAGCUGAGGCAAAGCGGCUGGCAGCAGCUCAAAGCCAGGCCCGUUGAAGAUCUCAAGAUAUACCCGCCAAAAGCCCUGGUGUUCUGCCAAUGUAGAAGAUCUGAUCUAUUUCAAGAGCCCAUGGGUUGCAGAGAGGUUGUAAGGAUGUCUUGGCAGGAGAGGUGUGUUGACUGGUGUUUUUGCUGCAAGCUGCAUUCUGACUGUGAACUUCAGAGUCGUAGGUUUCAUGCUGCAGCUGCUGUUCAUGCAUUCAGGUCUCAUUCUGAUUGUCCAAUUUCCUCGUACUAACUGACUAGGAUUUGGAAUGUUGGCGCUGGCUUUAAUUUACAUAAUUUUGAACUUGCGGUAGUUCAUCAAACGACAUGUUUUUGAACUUGCGGUUGUUUAUAAAAAACCUUGCAAAGGCGCCAACAAGGGUGUUAGCAGUUCUGCUGCAGAGGAGAUUAUGCCAUGGCUGAUCAUCACUUUUGUAAUGCUCCCAAAGGGGAUCAAACGUUGCAAGUUGCAAGUGAUUCUUGCAUGUUAGUAAUUACACAUUUGAU